AAUCAGUGUGUUUGGAGCAGUGAGUACAAGAGCUGCUGUGAUCAAAGAAGAAAAUACUGAAAGUAUGUGAGCCGUCUCUUGGACCCGCUCUCUCAAACGUGUGUUAGAAAGGGCUUGCCAUGGUCACCAAAGACAACGCUAACUCUGGCUCUGGCGGCAAGACAACCUGUGUGAAGAAGCAAAAGUGUAUGAUGAACAGUUCCCAAAAGGCUGAGACACUUUACAGGGACCCGCAGAAGACCAUAUUUGAACCCAAACUGACCUUAGAGGUCACGGCUGACGAUGCUGGAAGGAAAACGAAUCUGGUCACAGCGAACGGUGUUAUAGAAACGGCUGUGAAUGAAGAGUCGUGUAAUGAAUGGAGCGUUUCCAAUCUCCAGAAUCUGAAAGAGAUGCAAUAUCUGCACCACGAGACUGAGGACAGUCUAAUUGACCCAUCACUGGACGUAGACAAGUCGUCCUUCAUGGGUUUCAUUGACUCUAGUAACCUGGAGAGCUCAGAGGAUGCUCAGACCAUUCCGUGCAUCCAGGUGGAUGUUAAAACGGAUGUGGUGCUGAUCGAUGAGGAUGAUGAUGAUAUGUCUCUAAGGGAGAGGACAGUAACAGAUGUGUCCACUGCAGACGGGAAUGCGGCCGAGCUUGUGUGUGGAGGGCUCCAGUCAAUCUCUGACUCCUCCCACUCUUUAUGUGAUGGGCGGAGUCUAGAGCAGGGCUCGACCAUUGAGACGCCUCAAGAGAAACAGGAGCCGCCCAAAAAACACAAACGCUCUUGUUGCCUCUGUGUUAUCAUUUGAGGUUUCCUCGAAAAAGGGCCAAGAUUACACACUUUUCAAGCAUUUUUUUUUAAAAUCAUUUUAUAAUGUUAGUCAACGAUUCUUGCAUCAAAAACAGUCAGAAUAAAUUUUUUCAUGACCAUUUUAACUCUCUCUCUUACCCUUAGAGUUAAACAAGCUUAUUUUGCUACUCACCUUUUUAAAAGUCAUAAAUUACCUUUUUUAAUUUUUUUAUUCCAUACAUUUUAAAGUAAAAAAACAACUUCCAUUUCCAAGUGAAAGAAUAUUUAAUGAGGAAAAAAUAUAGGGACUUGAUUGUAUUUAUCAUGACAACUCUUUUGUUGACAACUUGUUGUCCAUUUGUCUCCUGUUGGAGCGAAUGCCUGUUCACACCAAGGACAAUAAAGUUUUAAUCAUUCUAAUUCUAUGAGGAUAUUUAACGAUAACGACGCAGAGGAACGAUAUAAUUGGAAUCACAUGGAGAACGAUUAUUUCAGCUGAUGAAUGAUAAAAUCAUUGACAGCCAAUCAGAGUUCCUCUUGUGCAUUUAAAGCCACAGACAAAACAGCAGUGCACUUAUGAUAAACAGAACAUUAUUGUGCAUUAGUGUGGAUGCUAUACUGUAGUCAUCGUUACAGUUAUCUUCAUAGUUAUACUUCUUUGUGUGAACAGGUCCUAAAUUAAUUGUGAGCACAAUCACUGUGAGCAUCUAGUUUUAAGGUGUUGAAUACUGAAUUUGAGCAAAUUUAGGCAGUUUAGGCUAAUUUUGGUGUUCCUGAUUGUUGGGCUGCUAUUUUCCCCAUGCGUCUGGCACAAUAGUGUUUUUGUGAAUUAUACAUUUUGUAUGUAUUUGUCUUUUAUCGCAGUUACGCUGUAACUGUGGGUCUGUGAAAUAUUCAGUGCAGAGCUUUUAAGAGGUCGGAGAGCACUGCUGGGAAUGUGCAGGUACGAUCAGCUGCACAAAACCAGAGGAAAAUUUAAACGUGGAUCCUUCUAGCUAUACAAGCUUGAUUUCAGUCGGUGGUUGACCGAAAUGUGUCACAUUGUGUUGUUAACAGAGCUCCUUUAGAGGCACUAUCUUAUUAUUAUCAAUGUUACAAACCGUUGUGCUGAUUAAUACAUUUAUUUAAACCAUG